GAAUUAUGACACUGAGCCGUGGCCCCUACAGCGAGCUCGAUAAAAUGAGCCUUUUUCAGGAUCUAAAACUGAAACGACGUAAAAUCGAUUCAAGAUGCAGCAGUGAUGGUGAAUCAGUAGCCGAUACCUCAACCUCAUCACCCGAUCUUUUGGCGCCCAUGUCACCGAAAAUGUGUGAUUCGGGAGGUGGUGGUGGCGGCGGCGUUGGCGUCGGUGGUAUAGUUGGCAGCAAUGUGGCCGCCUCUAUGUCAUUGGUCACACUGACGGCCACCACAUCGUUAACCUCAACCACCAGUACACCAACACCACCUGCCACCUGUACGAGCUCCUCUGCCAUGCCUCAGCAUCAAGUUGCCGCCGAGGUUGUGGUGGCAACAGCCAAAGCUGUUGCUGCAGCCGUUGCGGCGAAAAAUGAACAAUUGCAGCAGCAACAACAACAACAACGUCAAGAACAGACUGAAAUCCAUUCAUCAUGUGGCAUGUCGGCGAGCUCCACGGCGGUCAGUAAUAUGAUGACACCACCUGCUCCCGUACGAACAUCACCGCCCAUGAGCACUGAGAUGGCAGCAGCGGAUAGUGCGGAGCGAAGAACGCCCUCCAGUAAUCGGGCCACACCCACACCGCCUCACAAUAACGGCAAUGCCAGCAGCAGUACCAGCAAUGGUGGUGGCAGUAGUCGAGCCUCACCCGAUUCUAUGGAUGACAAGCCAACGACAACAACAACCACUGCGUCACUGCUAAUGUCGGCGAAUGGCAUGCAUGGAGGCAGCUCGAAUCCCAAUAGCAGUAUGAGUGUUAUACGUUCGGUCAAGGAGGAGCGGAUAUUGGCAUCGCCCACUCGCAUGCUGGCCUACCAUCAGCAACAACAGCAGCAGCAGCAACAACAACAGGGUUGUAAAACACCCACACAGUCUCAACAACAUGUCACCGUGCUGGUGACACCAUCACGUAUUAAGUCUGAACCCCAACCGCCACAACCACCACAUUCGCCAUAUUCCCAAGCUGUUAGUGCAUCGACCACAACUCUCUCGCCCUCCUCACUGCCUGGUAAUCCUAAUACCUCCGCUCACAAUACACCAAGCAGUUUGCUGCAGCAACAACAACAGCACCAUCACCAGCAACAACAACAGCAUCAGCAACAAAACCCUCCUCCUCCCAUUGUCACAACACAUCACCUGCAUCAGCAGCUGACCCAGCCUCAGCUGAGAAAGAAUAGUCCGCCGCAUGAUCUACAAUUUCCGCCACAGCAUCAUCAUCUACUGACACAGUCAAUGCAACAUUUGACACAACAACAACAACUGCAAUUGUUGCAGCAGGCCGCCGCCAUGUCCAGACAAAAUAAUCCAGCCACAAGGGAGAUGUCGCCUAGUGCCUCAAUGUCGCCCAGCUCAAGACACUCCUCCUCCUCGAAGUCGCCGCAACAGCAUCUGAUGCAGCAGCAUCAACAACAACAGCAACAAAAUGCCCAGCAUAUGCGCAUCAAGAAGGAGCCCACGGCGAUGCAGAACCAUGUGACGGGUUUUGGCAACGGUGGAAGUGGUGGCGCCCAACGGCACCACUCACCGCAUUUCAUGCAACAGCAGUCACCCAACCAACAGGCGGGGCAACAACAGGGACCACCACCACCCCAACUGCCUCCUCAGGCUUUGGGCAAUAUGGCCCAGGCCCUGAUGCAUCCAGCCUCGCUACAAUCGCUGAGACAUCCCAACCGUGAUGCGGCCCUUAUAUUUCGUGUGAAGAAUGAGGUGCAACAGCAGGUGGCGGCGGCAGCAGCAGCGGCUGCCGGUUUACCUCAGCUAAUGCAGCCUGGAGCUGCGGCUGUGGCGGCAGCAGCUGCCCAGCGCAUGGUGUGGGUAUCGAAUGCCCGCAUCAAUGGCGUAAAACCGGAGGUGAUUGGUGGUCCCAUGGGCAGCAUACGACCCGGUGGACCGGGUCAGUCACCUUCACCGCACCACUCAUCAUCGUCGGCCUCCUCAACGUCACAACUCUCUCCGCAGACACCAUCACAAACACCGCCGCGUGGUACACCCACCGUAAUAAUGGGUGAAAGUUGUGGUGUCCGGACCAUGGUAUGGGGUUAUGAGCCAGCGGCUCCUUCCUCAUCGGCGGGAUCGGCGAGUCAAUCACCGAAUUCCCAUCAUCAUGGCCAGCAUCAUCUGACGCAUCAACAAAUGGGUGGAGGCGGCGGUGGCGGACCGCCAUCAUCACUGCAGUCUCAAUCGCAUCAUUCAUCACAAUCAUCGUUGAACACCGCCUCCUCACCAUCAGCCGGAUCUCUAACACCAACGCAUACGCCAGGACCUUCGCCGCAAAAUAAUGAAGAAGCUGCCCAGCUGCUGCUCUCACUCGGCCAGACACGGAUACAAGAUAAUCGACCACGGCCGCCACAUGCAUUUCGUACUCCGCAUGCCCUGAAUAUGGAACGUCUAUGGGCGGGGGACUAUUCGCAAUUGCCGCCCGGUCAACUGCAUGCCCUCAAUUUAAGUGCAGCCCAACAGCCAUGGGGUAGUGGAGGUAGUUCAAAUACCACUGGGCUGGGUAGGGGUUUGGAUAAUCCCCACGAGCCAACCGAUGAAGAUGAUCAGCCGCUGGUGUGUAUGAUAUGUGAGGAUAAGGCAACGGGCCUGCAUUAUGGUAUUAUAACGUGUGAGGGGUGCAAAGGUUUCUUCAAACGCACGGUGCAAAAUCGCCGAGUCUAUACCUGUGUGGCCGAUGGCACCUGUGAAAUAACCAAAGCUCAACGUAACCGUUGUCAGUAUUGCCGUUUCAAGAAAUGCAUUGAACAGGGCAUGGUUCUGCAAGCUGUUCGCGAGGAUCGCAUGCCCGGUGGCCGCAAUAGCGGCGCCGUCUACAACCUUUACAAGGUCAAAUACAAGAAACACAAAAAGAACAAACAACAGCAGCAACAACAACAAUCCCAACAACAUUCACCCCUGCAUCAACAGCAGGGCCAUCAUCAGCCGCAAUUAUCUCCGCAUCAUCAUCAUCACCAUCAGGCGCAUCUGUUUAUGCCACAGCAGCAGCAACAACAAUUGCAGCAGCAACAAUUUGCAGCCGCAGUGGCGGCGGCAACCCACCAGCAGCAAACCAAAUUACUCGGUGAAAUGAAACCGAUGUUCCUGUCGAAGGAACAGCAAGCCUUGCAUUCGCCGCAUCAUCAAGCCCAACAAUCGCCAGCAUUGGGGCCACCACCCCAGCAGCAACAACAACAGCAGCAGCAGCAAGCACCUCCGUCACAUUUAUCAUCGCCCCACCAUGCACUGCAUGGCUCAGCGGCCGGUGGUCCUCUGCACAGCCCCAUGGCCGGCAAUAUCGGCCAACAGCAGACCCCACAUCACGGCAUUGCUGGCUCUCCGGUGACGGGGCCGCCAUCACAUAUGACCGGUGCGGUCCAUCAGCCUUCAGCAGCUUCACAAAGACCUGCCACGCCCCAAGAGACUGCCAUGAAAAUACCCUCGCAUUUGGUAAAUGGAACCAUACUAAAGACUGCCCUAACAAAUCCUAGCGAGAUUGUUCACCUACGGCAUCGGCUCGAUUCAGCGGUUAGCUCCUCCAAAGAUCGCCAGAUCUCAUACGAGCAUUCUCUGUCCAUGAUCCAAACUCUGAUAGACUGUGACGCCAUGGAGGACAUUGCCACACUGCCGCACUUCUCUGAAUUCUUGGAGGAUAAGUCUGAGAUAAGCGAAAAGCUUUGCAACAUCGGCGACUCGAUCGUUCACAAACUGGUGUCGUGGACGAAGAAGCUGCCCUUCUAUCUGGAGAUUCCAGUCGAGAUACAUACCAAGCUAUUGACGGACAAAUGGCACGAGAUUCUCAUACUGACUACAGCAGCCUAUCAGGCCUUGCAUGGUAAACGGCACACGAAUGCCAACACCGCGACCACCACCACCAAUACUACUUCAUCGUCAUCGGCCCAUUCGAACACCUCGGCCAGUAUACACAAAGAUGAUCCUGAGUUUGUGGCCGAAGUUAAUGCCCAUUUGAGUACGCUGCAAACGUGUCUGACCACACUGAUGGGUCAGCCGAUUGCCAUGGAACAGCUGAAAUUGGAUGUGGGUCAUAUGGUGGAUAAGAUGACACAAAUUACGAUUAUGUUCAGAAGGAUUAAAUUGAAAAUGGAGGAAUAUGUGUGUCUGAAGGUUUACAUAUUGCUGAAUAAAGCAGAAGUGGAAUUGGAAAGUAUACAGGAACGUUACAUACAAGUAUUGCGUACAUUUUUACAACAUUCAUCGCCACAGAAUCCACAAGCCCGCCUUAAUGAGUUGUUGUCUCAUAUACCAGAGAUCCAAGCUGCUGCUAGUCUAUUAUUGGAAAGUAAAAUGUUCUACGUUCCAUUUGUUUUGAACUCGGCCAGUAUAAGGUAGCAAAUGCUUCAACGUGGUCUAUUGACAAUUGCCGAGCAAAAACCGCCUUAUUCCAUUAAACCAACAACAACAAAUACAACACGAACAACAACAAAUGAACACACUGAACCCCUUGAAACAGCAGAGCUUAAUGCCGAAACAAAUAA